AUGUACGCCCAUUUGAGAAGAAUAAAAAAUUCGGAAAAAAAUAUUUUCAUUAUUUGGCAUUUAUUUGCAUUUGCUAGAAGUAGAAUUCGUUCGUUUAUAUUGUUUUAUAAACAAUAUCCAAGUUAUUAUGAUGGUAUUUUGUUGAGUAUUUGGCAAUUGAUGAGAGAUAAUGGAUAUAGUGCUUUUUUAAAAGAGAAGAUUUCAAUUCUAGGCUAUAUAAAAGCUUAUGAUGAAUUGGAAAUUAAAGCAAAUAAUUGGAUGGAAAUAUUGAAACAAUUGAGUAUUUUUCAAAGAGAAAAUGUUAAAUUCAUGUAUAACGGAAUUGUAUAUACAAGAGAAAGAAUGUUAAUGUCUCUUCAAGAAGCGGAAAAUAGUCAAGAAAACAUAAUAUUUCCAGCAUCUUUUAUGGCUGAUAGUGAUGUGACUGUGCAAACACAUUUCCGUUUAUUAUAUCUUCAUUUUGGUAUUUAUUUAAAACAGCAAUUAUGGAGUUUAAUAUGA